AUGCAAAACUCGACGCGUAAACGACAGAAAGAAGAGCUCACGUAUCUCCGCAAUAAGGUACAUACACUGGAGCAACAGCUGGAGACCAGGCGACAAGAACUGAUGACCUCAAAAGGUCCCGACAAAGAGAACAACGCUCUGACCGUCCAGAUCAGAGGCCGACGCGGACGCGCCAUGCGCUGGCAACGCAUCGCCAAGCACCAAUUGGUGGAGAAACAACGAGCUGAACUUCAAAAUCUACAGCUAAGAGCGUCACUUGUAGAUCAGCUCAAACUGGCUCGUAGUUUACAGAAACUACUUAAGAAAAACGCAUCUAGGAAGGACGGGGGCACAGAGGCGGCGCAGCUCCAGACGCGACUAGAGUUUAGUAAUUACUGCACUGGCACUAGUGAGGACUCACUGUACGAACAACUGCUACGAGACAUGGACGCAGUGUACGCAGAAGUGGACACAGUCUGUGCCAGACACCCAGUCAUGCAGAGUCUAGAGGAAGGCUCCGGUGUCUCUAGCCUUCAUGUGGGCGAGACGGAGGCCUUGUACUUGGAAGCCACAAAUUCCAAGGUAGUCCCCUUCAGGAUGGAAGAGACAUGCUCAGCCGUGUGGCGGUGUUUAUCAAAGGACCACUUAAAACUGGCUGAUGGGACGUAUCAUGGGGUGGCUACCUCGCCCGAUACUAUCCGCGCAAAAGCUGUCACGACGCUGCGAGUGGAUAAAACUGCAGCACACUUGCAGAUGCGCUUCGCCAUGAAGAAAUACAGUGAAGGUCCUCGCGAUCUGCUUCAUGGACUCAAGAUGAUGCAACGCGCGUGGGUUGUUAUCCGACCUGUGCCCUUUGAAGAUGGCGAUGAUGAGACGAUUAUCCAGCUGUGUAUGCGUCUUACUCCGUCAUUGUCAGCUCGUGUCCUUGAUACGCCAGGUCAACGAACUGGAGCCAUCACGGAGCUGCUUCUUGCGGCAGUUCAUCGGAAUCUAGGGUGGCUGUUUCAAACAGUUGAGAAUAUCUUGAUGGAGCACAAUUUUCGAAGUACGCCACUUUGA